AUGUCUGAUAAAGCAGAAGGUCCCAUAUUAGAGAUCACCAAGCAAGAUUUUUUUCAAGAAGCAAAAACUCUCAUUGCCCAACAUUAUGAGAAAGUAAAUGAGAAUAAAGUUCAAAGUACUUCUAUAAAUGUUUUUAGAAAUAAACAUCAAAAACCAAAAUCUGUAAAAUUCAUACCUUUGGAGAUUAAAAAAAAGGAAACACUUGAUGGGGUCCAAGAACUUUGGACGGCACACAAAAAGAUUUGUUUUCCCAAACACCUGUUCAAAAGGGAACAUUUUGAGGAGACCCCUCAACAAACUUCUUUUAAGGAGCCAUGCAUGUUUAGUGUAAAGGAAAAAUUCAAGGACUCGAUGGAUCUAAUUGCGAAAGAACAAGUUAAACUGGGUAAAAUAGUGACUAAUAUUGAAUCAGUGAGUAAAAAAAUGGAGAAAGAAAAGCAUCAGCACCAUGUUAAGUCCAGAUUGUUGGUCUCACCAUAUGCCGUCCCCAUCAACUUUGGCUUGCCCCUACAACCCAUGACCACCUCUUCCAUGGGACUUCCAAAAGAACAUGAUAAAACAUUCUACGAUUGGAGAGGAAUUAUGUCAACAAAGCCUUCCCGUUUGACUCCUGACUCCAGCUGGCCUAGUUUGUGUGGGCCAUCAUCAAUGUUUCGGGAUUACCGUUCUAAAACCUUACUGAAGAAAGAGCAACAGCCUAUCCAACCAGAACCAAAGCCACCCAGGUCAAAAUCUAUUCUAACUAAAAGUGGCAAACUUGACAAUAAAGUUAAAAGAAUUGGACCACACAUAGAGAUCUUCCAAGUGUUCCGGGAAAGGAACAAAUUCAUAAAUACCAAAAAAAUAGUGAAAAUGAUCACCAUCAUGCAGGCCUAUGUCAGAGGGUGGCUGGAACGCAGAAGAUACCAGAGAAUAAUGAUCAAGGCUUUGCAUCAUGGACCAAAUUUGAGAGCAGUUAUAAACAUGUAUCAUAGGCUAAUCCAUCGUGUUAAAUAUCGACUUGGUCUGUGGAGGACAAGACAAGUUAUAAACUUUGUAGAGCUGGAGGAAUGGCAUGGACAGAAAAAAAAAUUCUAUGAAACAAUGUUUGCUAAGAGAGAAGAUUGGCAAGGAUUGGAAAGAAGCGAGCUCCUUAAAUUCUUCAAUGAGUGUGGUCAUUUCCCAAUCCAGCAGCAAAUUGAUGAAGUUUGGGACCUGGUCCAUAAAGAAGACCGUGACAGAUAUUCUCAACUCCUCAAGAAGUACAAUGCGAUUGAAAUGUUAUUUACACUCUAUCCUCCUCAAGGUGCCCAUGUGUGUAAAAAUAUACGACUUAGGUCAACUUGGCUGAGACCCGUAGUAAAUGGGGAAGAAGGAUAUAAAUAUAUAGUGAACGGACAUCCAAUACUCAAAAGAGCUAACAUCCGGAUUGUUGGAAAGUUAGUAUCCAGAUCUAUAAGAGAAAGGAAAAUGAGACAUUUAUCAAAAGAAGUAGAAUAA